UCAUGAUACAUGAUGAAGAAGAAGAAGGGGAGAGGCAAACGAGGAGGAGGAAGGGGUGGUAGUUAUCCGUGUAUUAGAGCUGUUACCAUAUGGCAGUGAAGCUACUUUCCUCUUCAGGAUGGAGAGCUACACACGUGUUUUCCAGAUCUCUGGGAUCAAGAUCCGUGAAAAGAAGAGAGUUCUAGUUCAAGGAAUCCAGCAGCUAGGGGGGAAAUACAUAGGUGGCUCAGUCUAUCAGCACACCUGCACCCAUGUCAUAAUACCACAGGUUUUGUCCAGCGAGAAGUUUUUGGCAGCCUGUGCUGCAGGAAAGUGGGUUGUGAUGCCAGACUAUGUGUUGGACAGCGUUAAGAAUGGUUCCUGGCUCCCAGAGGAACCCUAUGAGGUAGCCAUUUCCACAGGUUCCACAUCUGCCUUCUAUCCUGUCAGGCAGUGGAGGGAGAAGGUGGCCACUGGGAGACUAACAGGGGCCUUCCAGGGCUGGAGGGUCCUACUCAUGGUCCAGGAGCCCACUCGCAGAGCCAUGUUUAAACGGCUGCUAAAAGCAGGCAGGGCCAAAGUAUACCGCUUCCCUCCUCCCGCUCAUGUCUCUGUCACUCAUGUCAUGGCUAAACCCAUUACAGAGAACUUGAAAUCACACGGUGCUCCUUGCUACCCUGUGAGCCACAUUGUCCAGCACCUCUUUGGGAGCAAUUGUGUUGAUAUGAAGUUCAACAUAAUAGAUAAUCAUCCCGCAGAGACAGAGAAGACUGGUUUUGUUGAUGUUGACUUCUCUAAGCUGGAGACAGAGCUCAGGGACUAUGUCAUCAAACAGGAGGGCCGGUCGAGACCUUGCUUCCUUGAAUUUCUGGGUUACCAUGCCCCUCACCAUCCACACUUACAGGCAACAGAAACAGACUUUAGCAAUGCUCAUACUAUGAUAGAGUGCGGUCUCUUCAGUGAAGCCUUGGACUCAAUCAGAAGUGAUGUGUUCCCAGGCCUACUACCACCAGUGCAAUAUCUGAUCUCUGUCUUAGAAUAUGCACAGCAGGGUAAUGCCACAUCAGUCUUCCUGAGAAACCUCAAGCAUUUCAUGCAUACUCUGCUUUUUACCAACCCACCCUGGCUUGCUCCCAGCAAAGUGAAAAAAUAUUAUGCCCAGUUGUUGCAGUGCCCUCGGUGUAAGACGGGCCUGUGGCCUUUUCUGGAGACAGCUAUCAGGUACUGCCUGUCCAGUGAAGUCACUUGUCACCCGCUCCCUGGACCUGCCCUGCCAACGUUGUUACAUUUCCAUUGUGACAUCCUGGCAUUUGUCCUCAAGCUCUUCCAGGGCGAGCUCUACUCUAUCAGUGCUGGGGAUUUUGUAGCGCUUCAGGAAACAGGAGUCUCUAAGACAUCAGGGUCAGGAUCUUUGCUGAAGGGAACUUUCUGGACUGUAUGGGAGCAUUCCACCCUGUUGUCCCAUGCUGUGAAACAACUAACCCAGCUCUUGGUAGAGGCUGCCAUUAGGGACUACGCUAAGAAGGAUGAGAAGCUGAGCCCGGAUUUGGUGGUCACCCUGCUGGACCUCCUGUCUGUGUUGGUGGAGUUCUGGUGUCAGCAGCACUUCAAAUUGAACCAGAGCCUGGUUGAAAAGGGCUUGAAAGACCUAGCAGAGCACUUUGCCGUUAUCAGCCAGGAUGUGUCUCCAGUGGUUCUGGUGGAGCUGGUUGUCAGAAUUUCCUGUGCCAGGCUUAAAUUGGUGAUGGCUGAUGCCAUAUUCAGGAAUCUCUGUUGCCAAAAUGGAUUCACUGUGGGAGAUGAACCUCUCUCUCUCAAGAAAAUGGUGAUGUCCUAUCUGCCUGCUCUGGGACAUUUAGCUCAGAGUAAUGGAGGGGCUUGCUCCAGAACUGUUCCCACCUCCCACAGUUGCACCACCCAGGGGACCAGCAGCAGAACUCAGGAGAAAGAGAACAUCCCCAGAGGUUUAAACAGAGUCAACGUAGCAGGCGAGACCCUCCUCCACAGAGCUUGCAAGAGGAACCAAGUGGAAACAGUGCUUCAGAUUCUGGCGCUUCCUGGCACUGAUGUCAAUGUUAAAGACCAUGCAGGCUGGACACCUCUGCACGAAGCGUGUAAUCAUGGCAGCACUGCAUGUGUGGAGGCUUUGCUACGUCAUCAUCCCACCCCUGUACUUAAUAGCCAGGUGGGUGGAGUCAGUCCAUUACAUGACGCCCUGAUCAAUGGAUACAUGGACAUCGCCAAAAUGUUACUGGAGCGUGCAGGCUCUGUUCUUCUCCAGCAGACUGAUGGAAAUGGGCGGACUGCACUGGAUCUGGUCUCUACAACAAGUCAGAGGGAGGAGCUCCUCCAUAGCGCGCAGGUUGCAGACUCAGCCCUGAGAAACAUAGUGAUUGAAGUCUUGAACCUUCCCCUCCUGGAGGCUGGAUCCUCUCUGCUAGCCCACCUCAUUUUCUCCUACAAGAAGGAGAGGGACCUGCCUGGCCACAUGCAGCCCAGCGACGAGACGCACAGCCUAGAAUGCAGGCUGGUCAGAGCCCUGGAGACACACUCCUUCCAAAAAGUUACUUUGGGCUGGACAGACCAGCGGGCAGUGAGGCUGCUGGAAGAUGCAGAGAUUCUGCUGGAGCUUGGCAGAGAGAGUUACCUGGGUCAGGUGCCUCAGGCUUUAAGAGAGUGCCGUGGAGAGAAUACACAGCUCCUAAUGGAGAUCCUUGAGAUUGUGAAGUCGCAUGGAGAAGUGUUACUGGCCUAUCUGUGACAUUGGCCCAAGAGACAAUGCAACAUAAAAGACUUUAGGCACAACCUGUUAUUAAAACAUUAAUAUAGUUGUGCCAGUUAUAUACAGCUGUCAAAUACAUGGCCAUAACAUUCAUUUAAACAGAUGCGGUAAAAAAAAAAAAUUCUGAGGAAACAAACAUUUUCUGGUACAUAAUAAACUAAUGUGGCCUUUUCUUGUUUUGUCAGUCAACUGCAUGGCUUGGUUAUAUUCUGCUGCUUUUUUCUUAAAUGUUAAAUAUUUUUGAAUGUGUUCAAAAAUAGCAUUUUAUGAGAACACUAACAUUUUUGUAUAGACACAAGUUGUACUUUUCUAUGGCUGCUUUUCACUAUUUAUAACAAUAAAUGGAUA